AAGAUACUUUGUAUGGCUUCACCCAGCAACUACUCCACUGCUCCAGUCUCUGAAUUCCUCCUCUUCUGCUUCCCUAACUACCAGAGUUGGCAGCACUGGCUGUCCCUGCCCCUCAGCCUCCUCUUCCUCCUAGCUAUGGGAGCCAAUGCCACCCUCUUGAUCACCAUCUGGCUGGAGGUCUCUCUGCACGAGCCCAUGUACUACCUGCUCAGCCUCCUCUCUCUGUUGGACAUCGUGCUCUGCCUGACUGUCAUCCCCAAGGUCCUGGCCAUCUUCUGGUUUGAUCUCAGGUCCAUCAGCUUCUCAGCCUGCUUCCUCCAGAUGUUCAUCAUGAAUUGCUUCCUUGCCAUGGAGUCCUGCACAUUCAUGGUCAUGGCCUAUGACCGCUAUGUGGCCAUCUGCCACCCACUGAGAUACCCAUCCAUGAUCACUGACCAAUUUGUGGUUAAAGCUACCAUAUUUGUUGUGGCCCGGAAUGGCUUCUUUUUUCUUCCUGUUCCAGUACUUUCUUCCCGGCUCAGAUACUGUGCAGAGAACAUCAUCAAGAACUGUAUCUGCACUAAUCUUUCUGUGUCCAAACUCUCCUGUGAUGACAUCAUCUUCAAUCAACUCUACCAGUUUGUGGCAGGCUGGACUCUACUGGGCUCUGACCUCAUCCUAAUUGUUCUCUCCUACUCCUUCAUCCUGAAAGCUGUGCUAAGGAUCAAGGCUGAGGGUGCUAGCAAAGCUCUAGGCACUUGUGGUUCCCACUUCAUGCUCAUCCUCUUCUUUAGCACAGUCCUGCUGGUUCUGGUCAUCACUAACCUGGCCAGGAAGAAGCUUCCCCCAGAUGUCCCCAUAUUGCUCAACAUCCUGCACCACCUCAUCCCCCCAGCUCUGAACCCCAUUGUUUAUGGUGUGAGAACCAAGGAGAUCAAGCAGGGAAUCCAGAACCUGCUGAGAAGGUUGUAA